AUGGGCAUCUCGGGCCUCCACCACCAGCUUAAAGCCGGACAAAAGAAAAUAAACGUCUCCGAACUGCGCGGCCGGACGCUGGCACUGGACGGCCACGCGCUCCUGCACCGCGGCGCGCUCUCGUGCGCCGAGGCCCUCGCCGAGGGCGAGCCGACGACGCGCUACGCGCAUUUUGCGGUACAACGCGUGCAGAUGCUCGCGGCCAAGGGUGUGACGUCGAUCGUCGUCUUCGACGGUGCGCCAACGCCGCUCAAGAGGCAAACUAAUAAUGACCGGCGCGCGGUGCGAGACCAGGCCCUCGCGGACGCGCGUCAGUGGAAGCUAGAAUGCGAACGGAGGCACGCCGCCGGCGAAGACCGCGACGAUGCUAUUGGAGAGAUGCGCAAGGCCUACGGCAAGACUGUUAGAAUUACGCCAGUCAUGGUCGAAGUCACCAAGCGCGAGCUCGAGAAAGUCAGUGUGAGGUGCCUCGUCGCGCCCUACGAGGCCGACGCGCAGCUCGCGGCGCUCUGUGUCCUUGGUUUGGCUGAUGGUAUCAUAACUGAGGAUUCGGACUUGGCUUGUUUAUUAUGUGGCCUGCGUCUUAGUAGGUGUCUCCUCGUCACGAAGCUCGAUAGAGACGGGACUGGUGAUUUAUUAAUACCAGGCGACCUGACGAAAUUGAUAACUGAUCUGAGGCGUUCCAAGUUCGCCAAGGCCCUCGCGAAGGCGUUGCGGGUCGACGCGCGGGUUGCUGCAAGGUGCUUCGUGCAGGCGUGCGUCCUGGCGGGCUGUGAUUAUUAUGCGUCGGAGGCGGGUUUGGGUUUAGUGGGCGCGGCGGAGCACGUCUGUGCGGCUAGGCGCUUGCCCGAUAAUGAAAGGAUCGAGAAGGCCGUCAAACGACUGACGAACGUCGAAGGCGCGAGGGCCGCGGAGCGCGCUUUUUAUCAUGCUAAGGUCUGGAAGGGCCUGCCCGGUGCUGGCGUCGUGCCGCGCUGCGUCGCCCUAUCAGAGCUCGUGUGUCCGUCUCGAGUGUCGGUGCCGCCUCCAGGAGCUGAUAUCGACGCGGAGGUCGGUCCUUCAUUAAAUUUUGAGGCCUGCGAGCGCGAGCGCGUCGCGGCGGCGUUCCCGCCGGCGCGGCAUAGCGUCGCUGCGGCUUUUGCGCGCGCCGCCCCGGCCGCACCUCCCCCGGCUCGCGAGCCGCCAGCCGCCCCGGCCGCGCCGCCGCCCGCGCCCGAGCCGCCCGCACCGGCCCCAGUCGACGCCGGCAUCGACGGCGCGGAGGUCGAUUUGGAAACGCUCAACGAGCUGCCGCCGGACGUGAGAGCGGAAGUUGAAAGGCAGCUCAUGCUCUGGCGCGCGACGCGGCGCGGCGCGGCGCGGUCGCCGCCGCCUCCUUCGACGGACGCGCCCGCGCCAAAGCCGCGGGCCCGGUCGUCGUCGCGAGCGAGCGGCGCUAGGCCGCGGUCGUCGUCGAGUAGUGACGCGAAGCCCGCGGCCAAGAAAAAAACGACGCGGCGGAAGACCGCGCCGGAGGCUCUGCGACCAGCUAAUGCGGCAGACGUCCAGAGCUUCUUCGCGCCGAAGCCUGGUGCGGCGAAGCGGCCUCGCUGGCGGUCGACGUAG